AUGUUCACUCACGCUCAUCUCCCCCCUGUUUCUUCUUCUUCUCCAACCGUCCUUUCACGAUCCUCCUCUCGUCCUUCCUCAGUUUCCACCCUCCCUCCCUCCCUCCCUCCCUCUCUCCCUCCCUCCCUCCCUCCCUCCCUCCCUCCCUCCCUCCCUCCCUCCCUCCCUCCCUCCCUCCCUCCCUCCCUCUCUCCCUCCCUCCCUCCCUCCCUCCCUCCCUCCCUCCCUCCCUCCCUCCCUCCCUCCCUCCCUCCCUCCCUCCCUCCCUCCCUCCCUCCUCUCCUCCCCCCCUCCCUCCCUCCCUCCCUCCCUCCCUCCCUCCCUCCCUCCCUCCCUCCCUCCCUCCCUCCCUCCCUCCCUCCCUCCCUCCCUCCCUCCCUUCCCCCCUCCCUCCCUCCCUCACUCUCUUCCCUCCCUCCCUCUCUCACUCUCUUCCCUUCAACGACCAAGUCGCGUCAUCUGCCCAAUUCACAUCACCUGCGCACUGCCGCCCUCUCUCUCACGCUCGCGUCGUCAGCCAAGCGGACUCACGUGCUGCAGCAAGCUCGCACGCUCUGCGCACUGUCGGGCGAUGCUGCCUCCCUCACUCGCACCCUCUGCGCACUGUCGGGCGAUGCUGCCUCCCUCACUCGCACCCUCUGCGCAUCGCCCGAAAGUACUCUCUGCGCCGUUCUCUUUGUCCCCCCCUCCCUCUCUCACGCUCACCAACUGCCAACGCUCUCUCCUCUCUGUCCGCUCAAAGCUCGCGUUCGUUCAGAGCUGGCGUUUAACUGGGCGUUGAGGAAUUACUGCAAGGCCCAGGAUCAUGUGCGCCUCAUUCACGUGCGCAAGUCAUUUGACGACAUGGUGGGCAAGCUCCCAGCGGACGCCAUAGCAACGUUGGAGGCGCAGGCAGAGGCAGCUGCGCGUGCAAUAGUGGAGAAGUACAUGAAGAAAUGCGCUGUGGCGGAUCUGGACUGUGACUGGAAGAUAGCGGUGGGGGACGAGCGCGAGGUGAUCUGCAGGGAGGUGAUGCGUGUGUGUGCAGACGUGCUUAUAGUCGGCACACGGGGGCUGUCGCCUGUUAAGAAAGCUUUGCUUGGAUCUGUCAGCGAGUAUUGUGCGCACCACAGGCAAAGGAACCCAAGCCCAGUGCUUAACUCGGUGUUUGACCUCAUGCUCCAUCUGCUCAUCUGCUCCCUCUGCCCCCUCUGCCCCUCUGUCCCCUCCGCCCCAUCUCCCCUCCUGCCAGUGCAUGCCCGGUGA